CGCCACCGCGAUGCAGCCGCCCCAAGGACGUGGCCAACGCGCACAUCGACGUAGGCAACAACACCCUGCUCAACGCCCGCCUGCGCUACACCUGCAACCCGGGCUACAAGCGGAAAGCCGGGACCUCCAGCCUCAUCCAGUGCAUCCUCCGUGACGGCUCCACCAAGCCCAACUGGACCGACACCACGCUGCAGUGCAUCCGGGACCCGGCUCUACCUCCGCAAGACCCCAGCCCCGAGCUCCCGGCUGAGAGGACGACCCAAAGGAAGGGGUAG